AGUUGGUACGGACCCAGGUGAUGCAGCUCCUUAAAUGGGGAGGCUGGGACACUCAAAGAGGUGGCCCGCGGACCGUGCGCGCAGCUGCCCCAAGCCAGCCCGCAGCGCGCUCGGCCGUGACUGCGCCAACUAUGUGUGGGGGGCUCGGGGCGGCGGCCGGACAAGGAGCGGUCCCGGCGCCCUCCGCUCCCCCAACGCGCAGUUGUUCUCCUAACUGUCUGCCGGGGCGCCUGUGAUUGGCUGCAGACCGCUGGCCCCCACGCGGAUUGGCCGCUCAGGCACAGGGGGCCUGGACCGAGGAGCAGAGUCCGCCCCCGAACCUUCAAAUGGGAAGCCCCCGGAAAGUGCCCGCACACCCGAGGCUGUUCUGCAGACCCGCGGGGUAGGCGGACGGAGGGCGGUGAGCCGAGCACGAGGGCGCGGAGGCAUUAGGGCCAGCGCAGGGCGCCGAACCGCUCGGCCGAGACACCGCUGCGCCCGCCCGGAGGCCCCGGGGCCGUCGGGCGUGCGUCUUGCCUCCAGCCAUGGGGUCGGCGGCGCUGGAGAUCCUCGGCUUGGUGCUGUGCCUGGUGGGCUGGGUGGGCCUGAUCUUGUCGUGCGGGCUGCCUAUGUGGCAGGUGACUGCCUUCCUGGACCACAACAUCGUGACGGCGCAGACAACCUGGAAGGGGCUAUGGAUGUCGUGUGUGGUGCAGAGCACGGGGCACAUGCAGUGCAAGGUGUACGACUCGGUGCUGGCGCUGAGCACCGAGGUGCAGGCGGCGCGGGCGCUCACGGUGGGCGCCGUGCUGCUGGCACUCGUCGCGCUCUUCGUGACCCUGGCGGGCGCGCAGUGCACCACCUGCGUGGCCCCUGGGCCCGGCAAGGCGCGCGUAGCCCUCACCGGCGGCGCGCUCUACGCGCUCUGCGGGCUGCUGGCGCUCGUGCCGCUCUGCUGGUUCGCCAACAUCGUGGUCCGCGAGUUCUAUGACCCGGCGGUGCCCAUGUCGCAGAAGUACGAGCUGGGCGCGGCGCUGUACAUCGGCUGGGCCGCCUCAGCGCUGCUCAUGUGCGGCGGCGGGCUCGUGUGCUGCGGAGCCUGGGUCUGCGCCGGCCGCCCCGACCUCAGCUUCCCCGUCAAGUACUCGGCGCCGCGGCGGCCCACGGCCAGCGGUGACUACGACAAGAAGAACUAUGUCUGAUGGUGCCGGGCACGGCGGGGCCCCUCGCACCAGCCACGCCCGCGAGCGGGAGGACUGGCCUCCACCCGGCCGCGCCGCGCACAGGCUCCGCGGAAUGCCCAUCUCUGCGCCCGCCCGCGGCCCUCCAACGGGACCCUGCCCGCCCCCGCAGCCCGUCCUCUCUGACUGCCGCUAGCUGGGCCUUGGGCCGCGCGCUGCCCUGAACAGGCGAUGCGCCCUUGGGAGGUCUUCCUCCGUUUCUUUUUCCGUGCGCAGUGCUGGCUCCAACGUGGGCGGGGCGCGGGUUUCUUCGGCUGUGAGGGCUCUGGACUGAAGAUGCUGCUUCUCUCCCUGACCCUUGGGGUCUUGGAUGCCCCCAUACUCUCCAGCGGCUCCUGCUGAUUCCAGAGGGGCUGAUGCAGAGCCCAGGACCCCCAGCCUGGGCUGCCUGAGGGAUGUGUACUGCUGGCCUUUACCCCAUCAGCCAGGCCUGGGCCCGGGGGGACCAAGAGAUCGGCCUGGACCUCCCUGCCUCACCCCAGCAGCUCCCCAGGCGAGGCUUAUGGGCACCAGAGCCCGCGUGUGGGGCUGGGGCUCUGCUCUCCUCUGCAGCUUGGCGGGGAGGGUAAGAAUUCGCUUAGUAAAUGGUUUCAAUACCCUCC